AAGUUGCGCUGAGGCCCCCGGAAGCGCGGCAGCUUCCCAGCCUGCGCCGAGAUGCGUUUGAGAGCCCCGGUCUGCGGGGCUGCCGGGUCAAAUCCCUUUUAAGAUUGACCGUGCGGUGAGUGAGUGCGGCCAUGCGGCGCACCGCGCUGGCGCUUCCACGCGUCCAGCCCUCUCCGCGGGCGGCGCGUAAAAGCGAGUGGCUCCGCAGCGCCCUGGCCCAUCACCACUGCCCCGAUCCGGCAGCCGAGAACGAGAUCGUCGUCCUCGCCACCGGAAUCGACCAGUACCUGCAGGAGGUCUUCCACCACCUGGCCCAUCCCAGCCGGGACGACACGGUGUCCGGGGAGGACUUCGCCGCUCUCUGCGCCGUGCUGGGACUUCCCGGAGCUCAGAGGACGCCGGAAGCGGAGGAUGGACGCGGCGGUGGCGGAGCGGAGCAGCAGGAGCAGCGCGCGGAGUUCGCGGAUGUUUGUUCAGGUUUACCGGAGCGGCUUUCGUUUAGAGACUUUCACUCGCGGCUCUGCGGGUGUUUCCGAGUGCGCACUGCGCCCGGAGUCAGCGGGGGUCGCGCCUGGCGUCUGCCGGUUUCCGAGGACACGGAGCUGGUGGAGAGGCAGAUCCGGCUCCGGUGGCCCCGGGUCCGGCGGAGGAAGUGUGUCAGCUUUGACCUGGGCCGAGAUCAGACCGGAACCAGGAGCAGAACCGUGAGAAGCGGAGCCGAGGAGGAACUCCGUGAGCAAGCGUCUUCUUCAGACGAGGUCGGCGCUCUCAGGGAGCUGGUUGAGGACCUGCGCUCUGCUCUGCAGGGGAGCGACGCUCGCUGUCUGGCCUUGGAGGUUGCCCUCAGACGGGAGAGGAGCCGGACCCUCGCCGGCCCCUGCAGCCAAGGGGCCACCCUUUCUGUUCCCACACCCUGCGGCGAGCUCAAGCAGGUGAAACCGGGACAAACCCACAGGCCUAAAAGCCAGCCUGACGGGACGAGGAAGGGACAGAGGAGAUGGGACAUCAGAGACCCCCUGCUGAGGGAACUGAAACUGAUUCGGUCGUCACGUGACGGGCAGUUAGAGGAGGCCAUCAAAUUCAAUGAGCGUUUGGAGGAAGAGCUGCAGUGGGCGUACCAGGAAGUUCGCAAGCUGCAGGGGGCCGAGUCGUCCCUGAGGAGGGAGAACAGCCAGAUCAGGAGGCGGGCGGAGGAAGCAAGAGAGGCUCUCAACGUGGGGCUGCAGAAGGUCCGGCUGAUCCAGGAACAGGCCCGGUUGGUGCCGCAGCUCCAGUCCAAGAUCACCCAGCUGGAGACGGAGCUGCUGCGGUACAGCAGAAUCGGCUGCACCUGCCUCUCUGAGAGCCAGUCGAGUCAACCUGAGGACCCGAGUGAUGCAGAGGGUCUGCAGCGGGCGGUGGAAGGGAGAGCCGCCUCUGACGAAGAGGAAGACGACGGGAGUCUGGAGGAGACGGGAAACUGUUGCUCCUCAAAGGAGAAGAGCGUCGCCUCACGCAGUCCCGGCUGCGGCGAAGGAUGUCAGAACAACACAGUCCAUCGUCCUCUCUCUCCGAGUCGCUUGGAGCUCCUAAAGCGCCCCGGCUCUACUUCACACGGCAUAGACUGCUGCAGCGGGACAAGGCCACACCAAGGGGAGAAAAACGGAUGCGGAGGCUUUGGAAAGGUAAAGGACAGGACACAGAGCGGUGUGUGUGCGUGUGGGGGGGUGCGUGCGUGUGUGUCUCCAAAGAGGCCUGAGGACGAGGCUGAGAGGACACGUCUGUCUCUGCUGGAGGACAAACUCACAGAUUCACUCACCCUGCUGCUACAGCUGCGCAACACGAAUGUGUCACGCACGGUCCUGGAGAAAAUGGUGGUGGAUAGUCUUGGUAUCCGCAGCAAAGCUGAAGCUGGUCAACCCCAGGCCCUGCAGGCCGCUGGCGCUGACAGCCUCAGCAUCCACUUGACCCCCAGCGACCUUCCCAAAGGAAAAGGGGAGGAGGACGAGGGAGGAGGGCAGAAUGGAGAGAAACAUUUGCAUCCACCUGCAGGGCGUCAAACGAACAAUAUUAACUCUCUGCUCAACUCCGGUUAAGAAGCUAACCUCUGUCAUUCCUGUUUUACUGCAUAUAAUACUGACAUGUUUUACACUGUUAACCUUAAAUAUGCCCACUUAAUCCAAAUGGCUAUUUUACAUGUAUCUAAUUAUAUAAAAAUAAUAUUUACAUUGAGCACUUGUGUAGAAAUAAAGAGUUCUAAUUAUGUACAUGUAUGCAUUUUGGUUUUCUGACCUUCCUUGUAACCUACCUCAGUCCUUUAAGGUCUGCUCAGUCAAUAAAGCAGAUCUACUUA